CCGGGGCGCCUCUCGUCCAUUCCUCGCUCCUCGCCGAUCACAACCGCGCCCUCCCCGAUCCCGAUUCGCGAGCUCAUCCCCGCCUCCCUGCCUCUCCUCACCCCCACCCUCCCUCCGAGAAGCAAAGCCUCCGGGUCGCGCCACGGCGCAGGCACCGAGGGCAGCAGGCGCGGUUCCUUCCACCAGGUGCACGGGCGGCGGCAUGGCGCAGCGCGACAAGAAGGAGGAACCCACGGAGCUCCGGGCGCCGGAGAUCACGCUCUGCGCCAACAACUGCGGCUUCCCGGGGAACCCGGCCACGCAGAACCUCUGCCAGAGCUGCUUCUCGGCGGCCACGGCGUCGAUGUCGUCGCCGACCUCCUCGUCCUCCUCGGCUCCCGCGCCGGCCGCGGCGCCUCAGCCGAGACCGGCGCCGGCGGACGCGGCGCCGGUGGAGCUGGCCUCUCCGGCCGACGCGGCCCCGGCUCCGGAGGCGGCGAAGGCGUCGGCGAGGACGUCGGCGAACCGGUGCUCGAGCUGCCGGAAGCGGGUGGGGCUGACGGGGUUCCGGUGCCGGUGCGGCGAGCUGUUCUGCGGCGCGCACCGGUACUCGGACCGGCACGGCUGCAGCUACGACUACAAGGGCGCCGCCAGGGACGCCAUCGCCCGGGAGAACCCGGUGGUUCGCGCCGCCAAGAUCGUUAGGUUCUGAUCGACGACGGAGUCAAAAUUCCUCCAUCCAGAGGACAAAGCAAGCAAGCAAGAAAAACAAAGGGGAAGAAGAGGAAACACACAUCCACGAUUCCACGGAAAUGGAAGGCCUUUGGUGUUAUUAUUAUGCUGUUCUUCAAAGCGUUUGAUUUUUAAUCUCCUUUUUUUUACGAUUUUCAAUGGAAGAAAAAUGGAGGAAAAGAGGUGGACAAAGAAUAGUGUAAUAAUGGGGGUGGUGAUGCCGCAGUGGUGGUUGAGAGCAAAGCGAUGAACAAAAUGGAUUGGGUGUAUGUACCUGUCACACGCAAACUUUGUGCAAAACUAUUAUACAUUUCUCUCUCCGAU